UUACCAAGGUAAUGCCGACAUCGAGCCAGGCGCUCAUACUUAAGAAAGGCGUACUGACGGAGGAUGAAGUGCGACCGACGUCGUCGGGACAUUGGCCGGGAUCUCAGUGCUCUGUGCCGACAGGUGUGAGAUCAGGUCCCCAGUACGCGUUCCGUACCCCGGUCCACUGCAGCAUCGUGACCGUCUACAACUUUGGGCAGGGGCCGGUGGGCGGGGGAGAGACAUGCCGGACCCCGACGCUAUGCACGCCCUUGGGCGCGAGUCUGCGCAGCUCUUCAAGCAUCAACCGCUACCGAGGGGUUACACCAGCAUCCUCGCAUUCGACCCAGACUCGAAAUCUUAUCAGUGGUGUGCGCAGGGCGGGUCUGGUUCCUCCAUGGAAGUUGAUAAAGUGGACAGCCGGCCCACUUCCGGUCGAUGUCGGCCCUUUACCGCCGGGCCUGACAGAUCGUCCAUCUCUGCAAAGGUAAAUGGUCGGUAAUUGAAUACAGCCCGUCUUAUAGAACAUCAUACGAUACAUAUUUUAGCCCUGGGAAAACCGGCCUUAAUGCAUGUGCGUAAAGUGUCGUCCCAUAUUAGCCUGUGCAGUUCGCUGGAUGUUCGCUAAUUAUUUUACUGCCUUUAAACAAAACAUGCCAUACAAUCAGAAAGUGUCGUCCCAUAUAAGCCUGUGAAGUUUGCUGGAUGUUCGCUAAUUAUUUUACUGCCUUUAAACAAAACAUGCCAUUCAAUCAGAAAGUGUCGUCCCAUAUUAGCCUGCUCGAACUGUACAUGCUUAUCAUGGACGACACUUGAGUUUACGCGCACAAAAAGCCUCUUUUUCCGAGCGGGUUUUAUCUUUAGUUACGGUGCAAUUUUUGAUGAAGUACAAU